CCGACUGACAGGGACGCUGAGCGUACGUGCGUCAUGUGACCGUACGCGGAAGUGUAGCCACGUCGUCAAUGGGGAGCAGUGGAGGAACCGGGCGAACAAGAAACGGUUUAUUGAGUGCAGUACGGUACGCAUUUUUCUGAAAACAACCCACAAUGGCCCAGUUCCAGGAAAUAUCAAAGUGGUCCGGUCAGCACCCGAAGCCUGCAGGGUUGGUUUUGCAGUAUGGCACCGCUGGCUUCAGGACCAAUGCCAAACAGCUGGACCACAUCAUGUUUAGGAUGGGACUGCUGGCCACGCUCCGCUCCAAAAAGACUGAAGCCACCAUCGGAGUCAUGGUCACUGCAUCACACAACCCAGAGGAAGACAACGGGGUGAAGUUGAUUGACCCCAUGGGAGAGAUGGUGACACCGGCAUGGGAGGGCUACGCCACCCAGCUGGCCAACGCUGAGCAGGACGAUUUUCUCACGGCUCUGAAAGACAUUAUAGAAAAGGAGGCCAUAAACAUGAGCCAUGAGGCUAAUGUUUUUGUUGGCAGAGACACCAGGAGCAGCAGUGCCAGCCUUUCACAGGCAGUUCUGGAUGGAGUGUCUGCUCUCGGCGGUCACAGUAAAGACUAUGGUUUGUUGACCACCCCACAGCUCCACUACAUGGUUUGCUGUCAGAACACACAGGGUAAAUAUGGAGAGGCCACGGUGGAAGGAUACUACCGCAAACUGUGCCAGGCUUUCAUUCAGCUAACCCAGAAUGCGACCAACUGUACAGAUGACCAGAAGCACCUCUCUGUGGAUGGCGCCAAUGGCAUUGGGGCUCUGAAGGUGCGCGAGAUGGAGAGUUACCUGAAGAGGGAGCUGCAGAUCUCUCUCUUCAACGACGGCAGCGAAGGAAAGCUCAACCACCAGUGCGGGGCCGACUUUGUCAAAGUGCAGCAGAAACCGCCAAUGGGUAUUAAGAUUAACCCAGGGGAGCGUUGUUGUUCCUUUGACGGUGACGCUGACCGAAUAGUUUAUUACUACACUGACUCUCUGGGACAGUUUCAUCUGCUGGAUGGAGACAAGAUAGCUACUCUCAUCAGCACUUUCCUUAAAGAGAUGCUCACACAGGCUGGGUUAGACUUGAACAUAGCGGUGGUACAAACCGCUUAUGCUAACGGCAGCUCAACACACUAUCUGGAGGACACCAUGAAGGUAAUCGUGAGGUGUGCUAAGACUGGAGUGAAGCACCUUCACCAUGCAGCCCAGGAGUUUGACAUUGGUGUGUACUUCGAGGCCAAUGGCCAUGGAACGGUGUUGUUCAGUAAGGCGGCUGAAGAGAGGAUCCAGCAGCUCACUGAGAACCCCAACACCAACGACGAGAGGAAGAGAGCAGCUCUCCUGCUGAAGAACACUAUCAACGUCAUCAACCAGACUGUAGGUGAUGCCAUUUCCGACAUGCUGCUGAUUGAAGCUAUAUUAGCCAUCAAGGGUAUGACUGUCCAGCAGUGGGAUGCUAUUUACAAUGACCUGCCAAACAGGCAGCUUAAAGUCAAGGUGUUGGACCGCAGGUUGAUAGACACGACCGAUGCAGAGAGACGGGCAGUGAGCCCAGCUGGGCUGCAGGAGGCCAUCGACAGCUUAGUGAAGAAGCACAAAAAGGCCCGCUCAUUUGUGAGACCCUCCGGCACCGAGGACGUGGUGAGAGUUUACGCUGAGGCAGAAACACAGGAGAGCGCCGAUGCCCUCGCACAUGAAGUCAGCCUCGCAGUUUAUCGCCUCGCAGGGGGAGUGGGAGAUGAACCCAAACAACUGCAAUAGAAACACAUUCAUAUAAUAUUGAAAUAUGUAUCAAUUGGUGCUUUUUGAGUGGAAUCGCAGUUGGUAACCUCAUUUUAUAAGGUUGUGAUUUAUCAAAAUUCCUCUUUUUGGUGAGCUGCCAAAUUAUUUUGUACAUCUACUUGCACUUGAUACUUGACUCUACUUUUCUAUUUCUUCUUUUUUGUCCGUGAUUGUGAAGAUGGGACACACUUGGGGAAGCAAUGAGGGGGUUUAAUGCAACUUUAUAUAAUACUACUCUUGACUUUUUAUUCUUUCUCCAAUAGGCAGCCAUGUGCCUAAUUAUGUGUUUCUGUGUAAUAUAAAUAAUCUUCUUUAAAUGUAUUUAUGCCAUAAUUAAAUCAUCAGUUGUCUUCACUCACAAUUUAAGAAGGUUUUAGUGACAUUUUCAGCUAAUGUUGGGUUAUAAUGUAACUUCCUACUAAAUGGAAUCUUUCUGAACGGUUAGUAUAAUUCCUUUGCUUUUCAGAUCACUGAAAUAAAAAGUUACAUAGGGGAGUUGUAUCAGUUGUACUUCCUUGAAUGUUGGUGGGAAAGACUGUGCUGCUUAAGUUCAAAUGAAAAAUUAAAAACAG